GUUUGUAGUCGUUGUUUCAAGUUUAACAUUCCAAAAACCAUGUCUUGCCUUCUCCACUCGCUUUCCCUCUCUCUCCUCCUCUUCCCCUUCUUCUUCUUCAUCUCCAUGGCCGAUCAAUCUAAUGAUACGCGUUACCCCAGCUGCCUUUCAUACAAUUGCGCAAACCUCACAAUCAGUUACCCUUUUUGGAGGCUCGACAGUGAAGCCCCUACCCAGUUUUGCGGUUAUGGAGGUUUUGGGAUCAAUUGCUCCAACAAUGUUCCAGUUGUUUAUUUCGGAAGCGAUUCUUAUUAUAUCCCUAACAUAAACUACGAAUCUAAGAGUAUUGUCCUUGUGGACUACGACGUUUCUCCCGUCGUCCCCGCCGUCGUCUGCCCGAGGGUACGCCAUAGCAUUGAUUGGGGAGAUAUGCCUUUCAAUUUCUGGGGGCAAAACGUUAACCUAAGUUUUCACUUUAAUUGCACCGGAGUACCUGAUUUUGCAAGAGAAAUACCGUGUUUGAGUACCUCUACUAAUAAGUCGUGCGUUAAUGAUUUGAAUUACGAGCCGGAGAAUUUCAGUUGGACUGUGUACUCCUGCGAUGAUGAGGUGGUAACAACGGUGUUCGAUGUAUUCAGUUCAACAAUGGCGCUGGAGACGGAGUUCAGUAGAGCCUUAAGACAAGGAUUUGAGCUAAAAUGGGGGAGGAUGGAGGACUGCCAAAAGUGUGAGGAGUCCGGUGGGCGCUGCGGUCAUAAUAACAGUACGACGGAGUUAAUGUGUUUUUGCUCCGGUGGUGCGAUCACUAUGGCUCAUUGUAAAGGGUCCGGAACUAAUUGGACGUUAAAACUUGUUCUCGGAAUUGUAUCAGCAUUUAUGACGAUUACGUUGGUACUCAUAGUAUAUUGCAUUAGCAAAUUCUCACCAAGCAAUUGUGUUGCAUUAUUUAAGCAUCAAACUGAGGACGAAAAAAGUGUUGAGGCCUUUGUCAUACAAUAUGGAUCCUUAAGUACGAAAAGAUACACUUAUGCUCAUAUUAAGAAGAUGACAAAUUCAUUUAGAGUCAAAUUAGGACAAGGAGGUUUUGGUACCGUGUUUAAAGGAAAGCUAUCGGAUGGACGUCCUGUGGCAGUAAAAGUUUUAAACUCAUUGAAAGCAAGUGGACAAGAAUUUAUAAACGAAGUUGCAAGCAUUGGUAGAACUUCUCAUAUUAAUAUAGUUACUCUUUUGGGAUUUUGUUUUGACUCUAAAAAAAGAGCUCUCGUAUAUGAGUUCAUGCCAAACGGAUCAUUAGAAAAGUUUAUACAUGGUCAUGUUCCUCUAAACACAAGCGAGCAUAUAGGAGUACAGAAGUUGUUUGAUGUAGCCCUUGGAAUAGCACGAGGUCUUGACUACUUGCAUCGUGGCUGCAACACUCGAAUUUUGCAUCUUGAUAUAAAGCCACAUAAUAUCCUCCUUGACGAAGAUUUUUGCCCUAAGAUAGCAGAUUUUGGGCUUGCAAAAUUAUACUCUAGGAAAGAGAGUAUUGUUUCCAUGAUUGAGGCUAGAGGCACCAUUGGGUAUAUUGCCCCUGAAGUUUUUAAUAGAAGCUUUGGAGGAGUCUCCCAUAAGGCUGAUGUUUAUAGUUAUGGGAUGUUGAUACUAGAAAUGGUUGGAGGAAGGAAAAAUGUUGACGCUGGUGUUGGUUCUGGGCAUACGAGUGAGAUAUAUUUUCCUUAUUGGAUUUACAACCGCCUAAAGAAGGAAGAAUUCGUAUUAGAUGGUAUAAUAAGUGUAGAGGAAAAUGAUUAUGCUAGAAAGAUGACAAUAGUUGGUUUAUGGUGUAUACAAACUGAUCCAAAGCAAAGGCCGUCGAUUAAUGAAGUGAUUGAAAUGUUAGAAGGAAGGUUGCAGGCAUUGGCAAUUCCACCAAAACCGUUCUUUUCUUCUCCUCCACGAUCACCACCCACCGCAUUUAGCACAUCGUAAGAAGUGAGCGGUGAGUACUGUAUUUCACAAAUGACAUGAUAUAUUAACACAAUCAAACUGUAUUUUUAUAUGAUAGCUCCACAUUUUCUUUAGAGGGAAAGUGUGAUGUAAAAUUUAUAAUUUUCUAACGAUUGGAGGUAUCUUCCUAUGCUUUAAGUUUUUUUUCAAACACUUUUUGUGGUUCAUUACGACAUCUUCAAUUGUGAAAAUAGCCUGCAUAGGUUGUAUUGUAAAACAUGUCAUUA